AUGGCAGAGCGCAAGCUUAUAGUCUAUGAUGGUCAACCUGAAGAUUUUCAAAUGGCUGUCGCUAAAGUACUCGAUCUGAUCAAAAGCCGUUAUGAAAAACAUGAAAGUCUUCUACAAAAUUGCAAACGCCUGGCUAUAUACUCGCCUGUACUAGCAUUAGAGUCAAGCUUUGGCUACAAACCGAAAGACAUAACUUUCGUGCAACUUUUCAAUCUCACGCUCGAGAAGAAAGAGGAACAGCUUACCUAUGAUCAUCUCUGGAAGGUAUCUGAUGGAUAUGCUCUUGUGCAUGAUUAUAUCGCGCUCAUUGUCAAGCCUGGAAGAGAGCUUGCUAAUUACCGGACCAUCAAUUUGUUGGAUGAUGGCCUACAUAAUUCCGGUAAACGUUGUCUGCAAUAUAAGUUGACCUCGAAUGUGGCAAUUUGCAAUCAGGAAUUAUCACCACCCAAAAAUAACCAAGUAGAAAUUGACACAUUUUCUGAUUCUUCGUUGUCCUCUUCGUUGCCCAAUACCCUCGACUUUGAAAUUGGCAAUGAAAAAAUCCCAGUUGAUAAUUGCAAGCUAUCUUCAGAUUGGUUAAUUGAUUUCGACAAUCCGCCUCUUCAUAUACCUGCUCUAGAAGCUAAAAAACGUAGUGGUAAAGCCGCAGCAGAUUCGACUACUAUGAAAUGGAAAUCUGCCAGAGUCAUCGAAAGCAGAGAGGAAGCUAUUCAAACUCGCGAAGCUAACCUCGAUAAAAUCGAACGAGAUAUCACCGCACGUGUCGUAGAACUAGAAGCUCGAGAGUCCGCCAUCGAUUUCCAUGAGCAAGAAUUCAAUACACGCCUUUCAGCAGUUAUGACGAGGGAGAAUGAGGCGGAGAUUCGUGAACGUGAAUUACUCCCUAGCUGGACCCAAUAUAGCAAACUCUACUCGGAAACACAAAAAUUCAAAAUCGACCUCAAGGAUAGAGAAUUUGACCUGAAUCAGCGAGAAUUUAGCGUUGAACAGGGGGAAGCUGCUAAUGCAGAACUCGAGGAAAUUACAAGAGCAAAAAUCACUGCAGAACUGAAGUGUCGAAUUAUGGAUGCCGAAUCAAUUGAAGAGUCCAUUGUAAUUCGCAAUGUAGCACUGAAAGAAUGCGAAGAAAGACUCAAUGAGCGUGAACAACUUGCUGUGGUUGACAGGAAGGCAUUGGAAGUGGAGUAUGCAAGAGUCGCGAGUCGUAUGGAUGAGAUCAAGAUACAUACAGAUAUUGUCAAGGUUGCUGAAACUUCGUUUAGAUCUCGCGAAGAAGCUCACAAGAAGAUUAGAGACGAGUUCAAAGCUAGAGAAUCUCUGAUCGGAGAAAGAGAAGCUGCUUUACAACUCAAGGAAGAUGAUGCUAUGGAAAAUUAUUUUGCAUUUUUCAAAAACCCCACAGGUCCCCUUUACACGGCUCUAGGGCUUGUCGAACAAAAGCAAGAAAAGCACAAUUCGGAAAUGGUGGCCCGCGAAUUAGCAGUUCUGGAGCGUGAGCAAAAAGUUGCAGCUUCAGAGGCAGCUUUAAAGUUGGAGCGAGAGAUGAUUCGGAUUCGACUCAGAGAAAACGAGGAGAUGAAGCAGCUUGCAGAUGCAACAGAGCUUGCAGACAUGAAGAACGGUAAAAUUGAAGGCCAGGUCGAGACAAAGAACCAAGAAAUUGCAGAGGGUGUUGCGGAAAAGAAAAGGUCACCGAAGGCAAAGAAGUAG